AGUCCGUAAGUAAGAUCGAGGCGAGCAUCGAACGAGAGAGAGAGAGAGAGAGAGAGACCGUAUGUGUGCAAUAAUUUUUGGAGAACGAGGGGGUGAAGACUGAAGAGCUCAUUCCUUAGUCCGCGGUAGUGAUGACAGACUCGACGGUGCGCUUCGGCUUGCUAUGCAGCAUGUUCGAGGCUAUGGUGCGGGACCGAUCGGCGGCGAAGAAGCGGAAGCGAUUCCGGACGUUUUUGGAUCUGGUCUACACCGGCCGCGACUUCUUCAGCGCCAUCCGCCUCAUUCUCCCUUCCCUGGAUCGCGAGCGCGGUACUUACGGCCUCAAGGAAUCCGCACUUGCCGCCGCACUCGUGGAUGCGCUCGGCAUCUCCAAGGACUCCGAGGAUGCCCUCCGUCUCAUCAACUGGCGUAAGGGCGGGGCACGAACCGGAGCAAACGCUGGAAAUUUUGCACUCGUUGCUGCUGAUAUUUUGCAACGGAGGCAGGGAUCGGCUUCCGGCGGGCUUACGAUCAGAGAGGUGAACGACGCACUUGAUCAACUUUCCUUGAAGGAGGGAAGGUAA